UAUUCUGCUCGGCACCUCACGGGAACGCUAACAGGCUGCGCAGCCUUACGUCGCCGCCACUGCGAUGGCCGCUCCCGCCGCCGGAGAUGGAGGCGAUGUCUCCGAGCCGUGGUGGCGGAGGAAGCGCCAGCGGCGGCCGCCGCCUCCCCCGGAAGCGGACGCUGAGGCGGUGAAGGCGGAGGCUCUGGAACUGAUGGCGGCACUCCCCGUGCUCCCGCGCCUCGUCGUCUUCGACCUCGACCACACCCUCUGGCCGUUCCAGUGUGACCGUCUGCCCAAAGAUGAAAUGCCGUAUCUUUAUCCGCAAGCUAGAGGCAUACUGAAUGCACUCAAGGAUAAAGGAGUUGAGAUGGCCAUUGCUUCUCGAGCAUCGAGGAGAGGUGCUGCUAAAACAUUUCUGGAAAAACUUGGCAUUCACUCCAUGUUUGGGGUACAGGAAAUAUUCUAUACUUGGAGCCCGAAAGGUGACCAUUUCCAGAAUAUCUGCAGGAAGACAGGUGUACCUUAUCAAUCCAUGCUUUUAUUUGACGAUGAAGUCAGGAAUAUUAUAGCAACAAAUAAGCUAGGGGUUUGUUGCCUGCGCGUGGAGAAAGGUGUAACUCUUGAGAAGCUAAGGAUGGGACUGAGCAACUUUGCUAAGACUUCAGCGUCACCAAAGGCAGAUCCAACUAGGAUGGGACUGAGCAGCUUUGUUAAGACUUCUACAGCUUCGACAGCAGAGAGCCGGUAGAGAGAUGAGUUUACUGCAUUCCUCGAUCCCUUCCUAUACUGUCGGCUAUGACUACCUUAUUGACGCCUGAAUUCAGCUGUGAUUGUGCGUUCAGCAACACCACUGGGUGAUCUAUUAGUCUGUUUGCUA